ACUUCCUGCAUUUUCUACACCGUUUGAGAAAAGAAUCAACUUUUUUUUGGCAAGUGAUAAAAGGAAAAUGGGAAACAGAAAGGAUCUUUUGAUCUUAUUGCUGGUGAUUUCCUCUGCUCUUGUGGCUUCUGUUAGUGGUUAUGAAUAUGACAGAAGAGGGAAAGAGAUGGAAGAAGAAGAAGAGGAAAGUGAAAGUGGAUGGUUUUUAUUGCAUGAUUCAAAGGAAAUAGUGAGGACUGAUGCUGGAGUUAUGAGAGUGGUGAGAGGUGGAUUUGGUGGUGGGAUUUCUAUGUUUCAAAGUCCAAUGCAUAUUGGUUUUAUUACUAUGGAACCUAACAGUCUUUUCAUCCCUCAGUAUCUUGAUUCUCAUCUCACCCUCUUUGUUCGCCGAGGGGAAACAAGAAUUGGGCACAUAUACAAAGAUGAUUUUACAGAAAGGCGAUUGAAGGAAGGAGAUGUGUACAGCAUUCGAGCUGGCUCUGCUUUCUAUCUUGUUAAUCCAGCUGAGGGACAGAGACUUCACAUCAUUUGCAGCAUUAGCACCUCUAGCAGCUUAGGAUGGCUCGGUUUCCAGUCUUUCUUCAUUGGUGGUGGAAUGUAUCCAACAUCUGUACUUGCUGGUUUCGACACUCUGACAUUAUCGACAGCAUUCAAUGUAUCCACAGCAGAAGUGAGUGAGAUCUUGACAAGACAAUAUUCAGGUGCAAUUGUAUAUCUGAACACUACACAUUCUCCUACACCGAGCAUAUGGGCUACAUUCUUGAACCUAGAACAACACCAGAAACUUGAACACCUAAAGAGAAUUGUGCAUUUGGAGGAAGAAGCUAGCCAAGAAGAAGAAGAGGAAAAAGAGCAGCCAAUAUGGUCUUUGAGAAAGUUCUUGACUAAUCUUUUUGGUAAUGAAAGAAACAGGAGAGAGGGGAGGAAAGGCGACGACAGACGAAGAGGCAAAGGUCCAGACUCCUACAAUCUUUUUGACAGAAAGGCAGAUUAUAAGAAUGACUAUGGGUGGAGCUUGGCCUUAGAUCAAUCUGAUUAUUCUCCAUUGAAGCAUGCUGACAUUGGCGUCUAUCUUGUCAAUCUUUCAGCGGGAGCUAUGAUGGCACCUCACAUUAAUCCAACAGCAACAGAAUAUGGAAUAGUGUUAAGAGGAAGUGGCAGUAUCCAAAUUGUGUAUCCAAACGGUACACUAGCAAUGAACUCGAGAGUAAACGAAGGAGAUGUGUUUUGGGUGCCAAGGUACUUCCCCUUCUGUCAAAUUGCAUCAAGAACCGGACCAUUCGAGUUCUUCGGUUUCACAACAACAGCAAAAAAGAACAGGCCACAGUUCUUGGUAGGUCAGAAUUCAAUACUACAAAGCAUGAGAGGACCUGAAUUUGCAGCUGCAUUUGGUGUUAGCGAAGAGAGGCUUAGGAGAAUAUUGGAUGCUCAGCGUGAAGCUGUUAUUUUGCCGUCGGCGGCCGUUGCUCCGACAGAGCCGAUUGAUCCGAGAGAGGAGGAGGAAGAAAGAGGAGAGAGAGGGAGAGAGCAGGAGAUUGUAAUGAAAAUACCAGAAGUGAUUAGGAGCUUUGGCAAUGACAUGAUCAUGGGAUUUGCUUAGAACUAAGCUGCCUGUUAUUUGCAUGAGGCUGUAGAUUCAUUUUGGAGUUUUUAUUGCUUUGUUCAUCUUAUGUUUGCUUCCUUGUCUUGUUCGACAUGUCUUUUGCUUUUGUGAAUAAGAACAUGGAUUUAGUUUUUCCUCUC